GGGAGAGAGAAAAAGAUGGGAGACCAAAAGAGCUCAUGUGAAUUGUUGUGUUCAAUGUUCAAUAAGGUUAAACCUUACUUGGCUAUGAUCUCUCUUCAAUUUGGUUAUGCUGGGAUGUAUAUCAUCACUAUCCUUUGCAUGAAGCGUGGUAUGAGUCACUAUGUUCUUGCUGUGUAUCGCCAUGCUGUUGCAACACUUGCCAUUGCCCCUUUUGCAUUGGCUUUUGAAAGGAAAAUUAGACCAAAGAUGACACUCUCCAUCUUCUUGAAGAUAAUGGUGCUUGGCUUCCUGGAGCCAGUGCUUGAUCAAAACUUGUAUUACGUGGGGAUGAACUACACCUCAGCAACUUUUUCCUCUGCCAUAUUUAAUGCCCUCCCUGCCAUUACCUUUAUAAUGGCAGUGAUCUUCAAGUUAGAGAGAGUUAAGAUAAAAAAGCUACACAGCCUAGCUAAAGUAAUUGGAACAACAGUGACCAUCAGUGGAGCAAUGGUGAUGACUUUGUAUAAAGGUCCUAUCUUGAACUUUGUAAGGUCACAAGGACAAAGAAACCACCAUAACACAAGUAGUAGUGGUUCAACUGAUCAACACUGGGUUAUAGGAACAAUAAUGUUAAUUGCUAGUUGUUCUGGUUGGGCUGGUUUCUUUGUUUUGCAAUCUUUCACAUUAAAGUCUUACCCUGCUGAGCUCUCUUUAACCACUUUGAUAUGCUUCAUGGGCAUGGUGCAAGGUGCAGUUGUUGCACUAGUCAUGGAACAUGACUUCAAUACAUGGGCUUUGGGUUGGGACUCUAGACUCCUUGGUCCUGUCUAUACAGGUAUAGUAUGCUCUGGGAUGGCAUAUUACAUGCAAGGAAUGGUGAUAAAGGAGAGAGGCCCUGUUUUUGUGACAGCAUUCAGCCCUCUAUGCAUGAUCGUAGUUGCUGCUUUGGGGUCUUUGAUUCUUGCAGAGCAAAUUCACCUAGGAAGUGUUAUUGGAGCAAUUAUCAUAGUUGUCGGCCUUUAUUGCGUUGUUUGGGGUAAAAGCAAGGAUGAUUAUGCAAUCUCAUCACCUUUGACCGGAGAAAAGGGUGAGGCAUUCGAGUUACCAACAGCCAUGAUAAAUGGUAGUGAAGCAAUUGAUGUGGUCGAUAGCAACUCCAAAGGUGGUAUUCUGAUGUCAGAGACCCCAUCGAUUGUGAUUCCUAAAUCCUACAAAUAGUUUAUUUGUGCUUCUCCAACUAUCUGAAAAUGGUUGAUUUGAGAGGGUCCUUUUUUUUUUUUUGUUUUGUAUCUCUUUUGUUCUCUGAACCUGCUAUGAGUGAUGAUGGUUUAAUUUGCUAGUUUAUGUACAGUUUCCUAAGGGUUUUACCCUAAUAUGUACUACCAUUUCAAGUUUUUAAUGUCUGCUGAAAUUCUCUUUUUGAGUCAA